CAAGGUUCUAAUAAAAUCGAAACUCUUCAUCGUCCCAUCCUUGAAAUGCUGGUUUUCACAUGAAUCAAAACGGAUGUCAGCUGCAUUUGGAUCGGGUGUAAUAGUGCUCGUAAACCAUCCACUCUAAACCGACCCAUUUAGAACAAAACUAACCCAUUUAGAUAUCCAAACAAGUUUUCUAACAAUCUUAAAAAAUGAAUUAUCAAGGGUUUAGCUGAGAUAUUACACUAAAACCACCUGAUUUUUUUCUCCCUCCCCGUUUGGUUUUCGAGAAAACACCAAACAAAAUUCAGGAAAACCAAAAACAAAAGAGAAAAUUUCACAAAUCUGUAGAUCCAGGAAAAGAAUCAUUUCUCUUCUUCUCUGAUGACGGAGGUGAGGGUGGUGUGCAACAACAGCAGCGGCGGUGCACAGCUGACACCAGAAGAAGAGAGGGUUUUGAUUAGAGACAUUGCGAUUACUUCAGAAUCUAAGAGUAAAGAAGGCGAUAGCUUUUAUUUAAUCACUCAACGAUGGUGGCAACAUUGGAUUGAUUAUGUGAACCAAGACCAGACAAAUGUUACUAAUGAUGGGUCAUCUAUGUUAGAGAAUUGUGAUACAGUUAGUUCUUCAAAAAGGCCUGCUAGUAUUGAUAAUUCUGAUUUGAUAUAUGAUGUGAAUUCGGAGGAGUCUAAUGUUGGCAUUGAGAUUCAUGAUACUUUAUUAGAAGGCCGUGAUUAUGUAUUGCUUCCGCAAGAAGUUUGGAACCAGUUGUAUUCCUGGUAUGGAGGUGGUCCAGCAUUGUCACGGAAAGUAAUCAGUUCAGGUCUUUCUCAGACAGAGUUUGCUGUAGAGGUAUAUCCUCUCCGUCUUCAGCUACUGGUUAUGCCGAAGGGUGAUCGUUGUGCAGUAAGAAUUAGCAAGAAGGAGACAAUUGGAGAGCUUCACAAAAGAGCUUGUGAGAUUUUUUAUCUGAACUUAGAGCAGGUAUGCAUUUGGGAUUACUAUGGCCACCGUAAACAUGCUCUGAUGAAUGACAUGGAUAAAACACUUGAUGAUGCCAACUUACAGAUGGAUCAGGAUAUUCUGGUGGAGGUUCAUGACAUUGCCAAUGGUACUGCAUUGAGUCGUUUUAUAAGAUCUGCUCAGGACAAUGGACCAACUGUGAAGGACGCUAGUUCUUUUCAUUUAGAGCCUUCUAAGUCAAGCUUAUCAAUUGCAGGAGGUUUAUCUGCAAGCAAGGGUGCUUCUAGAGGCUGCAGUGCAGAGCCAUCUCAAAGUCCAAAUCUGACAUCCCAGGGUCCAAAUCUGACAUAUCAGGGUAGGGAGCUGGAUAAUGCAUAUGGGACCAGUACUGUUACUACAAGGGGGUCUUCUGGUGGCUUGAUUGGGUUGCAGAACCUAGGGAACACAUGCUUUAUGAAUAGUGCAAUACAAUGUCUUGUUCACACAUCAGAGUUUGCUGAAUAUUUUCGAGAGGAUUAUCAUCAAGAGAUAAAUUGGAAAAACCCACUGGGUAUAAAACUGAUAAAACCUUUCAUUUGUUACCGUUCACAAGUAGAGCUUGUAAUUGAUGCUGAUGAUCAGGGUGAGCUUGCUCUUGCAUUUGGUGAGUUACUUCGAAGGUUAUGGGCACCUGGGCGAACAGCAAUUGCUCCUCGACAAUUUAAAAUGAAGUUGGCUCGAUUUGCUCCUCAAUUUAGUGGCUACAAUCAGCACGAUUCUCAGGAGCUUUUAGCAUUUCUUUUAGAUGGUCUUCAUGAAGAUCUGAAUCGUGUUAAACAUAAGCCAUAUAAAAAGUCAAAAGAUGCUGAUGGUCGCCCAGAUGAAGAAGUUGCUGAUGAAUAUUGGGCAAGUCAUAUUGCUCGUAAUGAUUCUAUAAUCGUUGAUGUGUGCCAGGGCCAAUACAAGUCGACUUUGGUUUGUCCAGAGUGCAAUAAAAUCUCUGUUACGUUUGAUCCUUUCAUGUACCUCUCUUUGCCACUUCAAUCCACCACUACACGUUCUAUGACAGUUACGGUUUUUACAUGUGAUGGAAGUGCCUUGCCAUUUGCUUGCACAGUGACUGUUCCGAAACAGGGACGAUGCAGGGACUUGAUGAAUGCACUUAGCUGUGCUUGUUCCUUGAAGAAUAGCGAAGAGCUUAAACUUGCUGAGGUACAAAACCAUUUAUUUCAAAGGUUUCUAGAAGACCCCUUAAUAUCCCUCUCCACGAUUAAAGAUGAUGACCACCUAGCUGCCUACAAGAUAGCGAAGUCGCUAAAGAAAACACUUCUGCUUAGGUUGAUUCAUCGCUGUCAAGAACAGGAAACAGGUGAUACAAAGGCUGCACAGAAGUUGAAACCCUUUGGAACGCCUCUUGUCUCUUUGAUCUCACAUGAUGAUGUAAUUACGAGAGGUGAUAUACAGAAAGUAGUUCACACAAUGCUCUCACCUUUGUUGAGAUCUGAAAGUUUGAGACAAGCUGACAUUCCUGAGCCUUGCUCGUCAUUGGCGGCAUCAGAUAUGUGCCACCACAGCAGUUCUGAUGAAGCAUGUACUAACCCCUUAUCCGAUUCAAUGAACAAGGAUAGUAGCGGUUCCAGGGCAGUAACAUUAUUCAAACUACCGCUUCAGUUGGUUGAGGAAAGUAAUGCAUGCAUUGAUCUGUCCGUGGGAGAAGACAAAACAAUUAAAUUAUCCUCAACAUCAACAUCAAUGUUGGUAUAUGUUGAUUGGUCACAGGAGCUCUUAGAAAAGUAUGACAUUCAUUAUUUGGAAAACUUGCCCGAAGUGUUCAAGUAUGGACCUGUGAAUAAGAAAGCUCGUACUGAACCUCUCUCCUUGUACACCUGUCUAGAAGGUUUUCUGCGUGAAGAGCCUUUGGUGCCUGAAGAUAUGUGGUACUGCCCAAAAUGUAAGGAGCGGAGGCAAGCAAGUAAAAAGCUUGACUUAUGGAGGCUUCCAGAAGUGUUAGUCAUCCAUUUGAAGAGGUUUUCCUAUAGCAGAUCAAUGAAGCAUAAACUAGAAACUUUUGUCAACUUUCCUAUUCGUGACUUUGAUUUGACAAAUUACAUAGCCAACAAGAACAACACUCAACGUCAACUCUAUGAGCUAUAUGCAUUGACCAACCAUUAUGGUGGCAUGGGAAGUGGGCACUACACUGCACAUAUCAAGCUUCUGGAUGAGAACAGGUGGUACAACUUUGAUGACGCUCACAUAUCACCCAUAAAUGAAGAAGAUGUGAAGUCAGCUGCUGCGUAUGUUCUCUUUUAUCGAAGGGUGAAGACAGUUGAUGCCAUUAGCAAUGGAGAAAAUUCUGGUACUGGUCAUAACAAUGGUUCAUCCCUGAAGUGAACUUCUGUGGCCAUUCCUUCUUGCCAAAUAAGCAAGGUAAGCAGUAGUACCUAAUAUUUGGAUGAAGUUGAUUAAGGACGAUCCUGAUACUGAGAGAGUGCUUUGCUUACUAGAAAAGGAGCUGAAGUGGGCAACUAAAUUCAUUUAAAUGGCUUAUUACCCCCACCCAUACCCCACUGAAUCCACCUGUACUCAGAUGUUUGUUUGAGAUUCCUAGGCUUUAUUCUGUGUUUAACACAAAUACGGGUCAUGGAGGCAUUGAAGUGCACCAAGUGGCAAAGCUAACUCUAAACGGGAGAUGUCCUUGCUGGUUCUGAAGGUAAGGGCACCCAACAAUUGAUAGUUAUGUAUAUCACCAAGCUUUCUAGACUUCAAUUUUGUAGGCUAAUUAAAAGGUCGCAAAAAUAGGUCUAGGACAACUCGAUUUUUCUGUAGAAACAGUUAGCAUACACCCUGUCAUUGUGGGGGGAAAAGUUUCAUUCAGAGGAUGUCUGAUUUAGCUGCUAUAAUUUCUGCUAUUCUCGCCAAACCUGUCUUGUUUCUUUAAGUGUUUAUCAAGGCAGGUUUGUGCAAAAAGUUAGGGCUGCAAUAUUAUCAUGCAUUGUCUGCUUGUUUUUUUCGAUGGUUAUCCUUUAUAUAUACCGAAUCCUAUUUACUUA